ACUGGGCCCGCCCCGCGUGAGACGUCCAGGUACUGCCACCUGAGAGUCCCUGCCACAGCCGUCACCGCGAGGGGCCGCCAGCGCCCCUGUCCCAGCCAGCCUGCGCCUAUGGCCUCCUUGACCACCUGGAAGAGGGCGGCAUCCAGGAAAAAAGACUGCAGGUCUCCUGUGAGCAGCCUCCAUGAGGCCCUGGACCAGUGCAUGACAGCCCUGGACCUCUUCCUCACCAACCAGUUCUCAGAAGCACUCAGCUACCUCAAACCCAGAACCAAGGAGAGCAUGUACCACUCACUGACGUAUGCCACCAUCCUGGAGAUGCAGGCCAUGAUGACCUUCGACCCCCAGGACAUCCUGCUUGCUGGCGACAUGAUGAAGGAAGCACAGUCGCUGUGUCAGAGGCAUCGGAGGAAGUCUUCUGUGUCAGACUCUUUCAGCAACCUGGUGCACCGUCCCACCAUGGACCAGUUCACAGAAGAGGAGAUCCACGCAGAGGUCUGCUAUGCUGAGUGCCUGCUGCAGAGAGCGGCCCUGACCUUCCUGCAGGACGAGAACAUGGUGAGCUUCAUCAAGGGUGGCAUCAAAGUUCGAAACAGCUACCAGACCUACAAGGAGCUGGAUAGCCUCGUCCAGUCCUCGCAGUACUGCAAGGGAGAGAGCCAUAGUCACUUUGAAGGAGGGGUGAAGCUUGGUGUAGGAGCCUUCAACCUGACGCUGUCCAUGCUUCCCACCAGGAUCCUAAGGCUGCUGGAGUUCGUCGGGUUUUCAGGAAACAAGGACUACGGGCUGCUGCAGCUGGAAGAGGGCGCGACCGGGCACAGCUUCCGCGCAGUGCUGUGUGUCAUGCUGCUGCUGUGUUACCACACCUUCCUCACCUUUGUGCUCGGUACUGGAAAUGUCAACAUCGAGGAAGCAGAGAAGCUGUUGAAGCCCUACCUGAACCGAUACCCCAAGGGUGCCAUCUUCCUGUUCUUUGCCGGGCGGAUUGAAGCUAUCAAAGGAAAUAUUGACGCUGCCAUCCGGCGGUUCGAGGAGUGCUGCGAGGCCCAGCAGCACUGGAAGCAGUUCCAUCACAUGUGCUACUGGGAGCUCAUGUGGUGCUUCACCUACAAGGGCCAGUGGAAGAUGGCCUACUUCUACGCCGACCUGCUGAGCAAGGAGAACUCCUGGUCCAAGGCCACCUACAUCUACAUGAAGGCUGCCUACCUCAGCAUGUUUGGGAAGGAAGACUACAAGCCAUUCGGGGAUGACGAGGUGGAGUUAUUCAGGGCUGUGCCAGGCUUGAAGCUCAAGAUUGCUGGGAAAUCUCUACCCACAGAGAAGUUUGCCAUCCGGAAGUCCAGACGCUACCUCUCUCCCAACCCCAUCUCGUUGCCAAUCCCUGCUCUGGAAAUGAUGUACAUCUGGAACGGCUACGCUGUGAUUGGGAAGCAGCCGAAACUCACUGAUGAGAUGCUCGAGGUCAUCACCAAGGCUGAAGAGAUGCUGGCUAUGGGCCCAGAGAAUGAGUACUCAACAGAUGAUGACUGCUUGGUCAAACUGCUGAAAGGCCUGUGCCUGAAAUACCUGGGCCGCAUCCAGGAGGCUGAGGAAAAUUUCAGGAGCAUCUCUGCCAGUGAAAAGAAGAUUAAAUAUGACCACUACUUGAUUCCAAAUGCCCUGCUGGAGUUGGCCCUGCUGUUCAUGGAGCAAGGCAGAAACGAAGAGGCCAUCAAACUCCUUGAUUCUGCCAAACAAAACUACAAGAACUACUCCAUGGAGUCAAGGACACAUUUCCGAAUCCAGGCAGCAACACUCCAGGCCAGGUCUUCCCUAGAUGGCAACAGCUCUGCGGUAUCAUCAGUGUCCUUGUAGCUUUGUGCUCCUGGGCUGGAAGACAAC